AUUGCAAAGAAUUUUGUUAAGUUUGCAACAAUAUGAUUUAGUAAUAAAAUAUAAACCAGGAACACAACUAUAUUUUGCAGAUGAAUUGUCUAGAACUUGUAGCAAUGAAAAAGAUUUUAAAUUUGAUGAGGAGGAAGUUAAUUUACAAACUGCUAUGAUAAAUUAUAUCUCAGUAAGACCAGAAAAAAUACAGAAGUUUAAAGAGUAUACAAAACACGAUUUGGAAUUACAAACAUUAAGUGAAACUGUUAAAAAAGGUUGGCCAAAUAAUAAAAAAGGUGUUACAGAUAUAUUAAAACCUUAUUGGAACCGUAGAAACGAAAUUAAUGAAAUAAAUGGGUUAAUGUACUGUGGAACUAGUAUAAUUAUUCCAAAUCAAAUGAGAUCUGAAAUUAUAAAUAGAUUGCAUUAUAAUCACAUGGGAAUACAAAAAACGAUAAAUAAAGCUAAAGAAGUAGUUUAUUGGCCAUUCAUGACGGUUCAAAUACAAAAUAAAAUAGCAAAUUGUGUAAGUUGUUUAAAGUAUCAAAAUUUAAAUUCAUCAGAACCAAUGAGUGCAAAAGAAAUUCCAGAAAGACCUUUUCAAAUAGUUGCUACUGAUUUGUUUCAAUUAAAGGAUACCAUGUAUUUACUUGUAGUGGAUGUAUUUAGUAAAUUUCCAGAAUUGAUUGAACUCAAAUAUAAUACUACAUCAGCUACAAUAACAAACCAUUUAAAAGAAAUCUUUGCUACGCAUGGUAUAUCAGAAAUUUUAUAUUCUGAUAAUGGACCACAAUUUUCAAGUAGUGAAUUUUAUAAAUUUGUGAAAGAUUGGGAUAUUUUACAUAAAACAAGCUCACCAACAUAUGCACAAUCGAAUGGUUUUAUUGAGAGAAAUAUACAAACCAUAAAAAAGAUUUUGAAAAAAGUAAAAGAAGACAAUCGGGAUGAAAAUAUUGCGAUUUUAGAAUAUAGGAAUUCCCAGGAAAAUAAUACACCUUCAUCUGCUCAGUUACUAUUUGGAAGAAGAUUAAGAGGAAUUCUUCCAGUACAAGAAAAACAAAAACACUAUUAUGAUAAAACGACUAAAAAAUUAACACCGAUUCAAAUUAAUGACAAAGUAAUAGUACUUUUUGGUCAGGGAGAACCAGGUAAAAUUGGAAAAGUAGUUGAGAUAGAUGAUAAACGACCUGAAACUUAUAAAGUUGAGUUGGUUAAAAAUGGACAAGUUUAA